GGCAGAUCAUCGUUUCACGAAUUCAUUAGAGAGUGUGUUUUGCUCCAGGCUUGGUGUUUCCUCUCGGACGAGACGACGCACUCACCGAGCCAGUAAAACACUCCUCCACCGCUUCAAGAAAGCGGAUCCUGAUUAGUUAGAGAUCUCGUAGAAACCUUCGUCAUGAGCUCUUCAGAAGAAGUAUCUUGGAUAUCAUGGUUCUGUGGUCUCCGAGGCAACGAGUUCUUCUGCGAGUGUGAUGAGGAUUACAUCCAGGACAAAUUCAACCUCACUGGUCUCAAUGAGCAGGUACCUCACUACCGACAGGCGUUAGAUAUGAUCCUGGAUCUGGAGGCAGACGAUGAUAUCGAUGACAAUCCCAAUCAAAAUGACCUAAUUGAACAAGCGGCGGAGAUGCUCUACGGCCUCAUACACGCUCGUUACAUCCUCACCAACAGGGGUAUCGCUCAAAUGCUUGAGAAGUACCAAAACGGAGACUUUGGCUACUGUCCACGUGUAUAUUGCGAGAACCAAUCGCUGCUUCCAAUCGGUCUUAGUGAUGUACCCGGAGAAGCUAUGGUACAGCUGUACUGUCCGAAAUGCAUGGAUGUCUACAAUCCGAAGAGCACGCGACAUCACCAUUGCGACGGCGCUUAUUUCGGAACUGGCUUUCCCCACAUGCUGUUCAUGGUCCACCCUGAAUGUCGGCCUAAGCAGCCUGUAAAGCAGUUCGUGCCCCGGCUCUACGGCUUCAAAAUCCAUCCGCUAGCUUAUCAAAUUCAGGGCAACUCGGGGAAUACGUUCAAAGCGCCAGGACGCUCGCUUGUCAUCAAUCCGGGAAAACGUUGAUGCGUUGAUUCUCCGUUGUCUGUCCUUGAUCUAUGUAUAUCGACUGGCCAAUUUAUCUGGGAACAAGUACGGGAGAUUGUUGAAGUUACUGACGAGUUCGGGCGGGAGAAAACGCCUCGUGGCACUCGGACGGGAGGUGCGUUUACUAUGGACUCUCAUUUUAGAUUGCAUGUAAAUUCGAGAAUUAGGCAAACGAAUGGAAUCAAAUGUUGAGAAGUCGCGACGGUGGCCGUAUUCCGCUCAGCUGGAAGGGAGAACGAUAUCACGACCACGACGAAAUCAUGAUGUACUAUUAUCACAGUGGAGGGAGAACAAGAAGCUGUCUAGGCGCCGUGUAGCCGACGGGAGGAAUAGAUUCCGGUGAUUGCGUUCGACACCUUCGAAUACUUCGCCUGCGAGCCCUAUGAAACCCGCCGACCGGAAGCCCACGUUCGGGAAUCGGUCUAGGGGAAUGGUGGUGCAGUCUAGUUGAACAAUUCGAGGGGAAGAGGAAUAAAGACCGUUUCGUGAAUUUUGUUGAAUAAUCAUAGGCAUAAAUGUAAAAAGUAUGAGCGAUAAGCGUUUGCCACACACCGAGGGAGAGCAGAGCUCUCCGGAGAGAGAUAAUAAACUGAUUGAUGCGAAUCGUAAA